UUAACAUAAAAAGCCUAAAGAAAAUCAGAAGAAAAAAAAGAAAAAAUCAGAAACUCGAGGGGAAAAAAAAAAGAGAAGACAUUUCAUCAGAAGAAAAAAAGGAGAGAGAGAAGAGAAGAACAAUAAAAAAAAAGGAGAAAACUUUCAGUCGAUGGAAAAAUGGAGAUCGGAGAAGAAUAUCCUCCAUGACCAUUGAUCUUCAGAAAAGCUGGGAAGUGAGGACUGAUGUGUUCUGGUGGAGAGGGAAGACAAUGGAGUUGUGGAAAAGCGGGUGUAGUGAGUUUACAGAAAGUUGGAUCUUUGGUUCGAGAUUUGAGCGAGCCUUGUCUUUCACAAUCACCGAUUCAGGUUGUUAUAACUGUAAGAUCUUCUCUUUUACCCCUUUUUUGAUUCUCUUUUUUGUUAUCGGCAAAAUGCUUAAGCCAGAGAAGUGGCAGGCGUCUUUUGAUAGCGAGGGAAGAGUUUCUGGUUUCCAAAAGGCGCUCAAGUUAAUUAUUUUGGGGGGAAUCGAUCCGUCUAUUAGAGCUGAAGUUUGGGAAUUUCUCCUUGGCUGUUAUGCAUUGAGCAGCACCUCUGAGCACCGUAAGCAACUCAGGGUAGCUCGAAGGAAGCGGUACAAUGAAUUGCUCAAGCAAUGCCAGACGAUGCAUUCAAGUGUCGGAACUGGUUCACUUGCCUAUGUUGUUGGGUCUAAAGUCAUGGAUAUGCGGAAGUCUUAUAGAGAUGAGGCGGUAAAGGUUGCUACUACAGAUGAAAACAGAGGAGAAGCUUGUAUAGAUGAUAACGAUAAUGCUAAUACUGAAAACCAUCACAGCGAUUGGAGUAAUAAUGGUACUGAUACAUCUCAUGUACACAGAAGGGGAAGUUCCAGUGAGUCUGUCGAUUUAGUAAGCGGAAGAGAAAGUCCGGAGAGCGUAGUAUACAACACUUCCUCUUUUGUAUCUGCUUCUAGUCCGUAUGGCUUCACUUCCCCUGACGGUUAUUUCGACUUUCCCUCGCUGCCGGUUACAAAUUUGUUUGGGAGGAAUAGUUUAGAUAAGAUAGAGGUUUCUACGCCAGACAAGGAGGCUUCAUUGCAAAAUGAGUUAAGAUCCGAGGAUGAGGGAUUGCACCAUUUUCGAGUUGACAAGCAUGCUGAUUUAGUUAGAGAACAACAUAGGUCCACUUCAGAGAUCGAAGUGAUGCACCCGGAUUCUGUUGGACCAUCGUCUUAUUCUGGUUGCAAUGCAGAGUUUGUUAAUGGCUUGAGAAUAUCAGAUGUCCCUGAAAUGGCAUCAGUAAAGGAGACUCCUUUUCGUGUUGGGAAUGUCACAGAAGAUCGAGUGUCUGAAUGGCUUUGGACAUUGCAUCGAAUAGUUGUUGAUGUGGUAAGGACGGAUAGCCACCUUGAGUUCUACGAGGAUCCAGGAAACCUAGGAAGAAUGUCGGAUAUCCUUGCGGUUUAUGCUUGGGUUGAUCCUGCAACUGGUUAUUGCCAAGGAAUGAGUGAUUUAGUCUCUCCUUUUGUGGUUCUUUUUGAAGAUAAUGCGGAUGCCUUUUGGUGCUUUGAAAUGCUCAUAAGAAGAACGCGUGCGAAUUUCCAAAUGGAGGGACCAACAGGGGUGAUGGAUCAAUUGCAAUCACUGUGGCACAUAUUGCAACUCACAGAUAAAGAUAUCUUUUCUCACUUAACGCGUAUUGGUGCUGAAAGUCUUCAUUUUGCCUUCCGCAUGCUUUUAGUUCUGUUCCGACGGGAAUUGUCUUUUAAUGAAGCUCUCAGAAUGUGGGAGAUGAUGUGGGCAGCUGAUUAUGAUGAAUCUGUUGCUGAAACUUUGGAGAAUGAUUGCUUGGAGCCUUUGGUGAUUCAGCUACCAAGAAAACCUGAAGCUGAGGUGAGUGAAGAAACAAUAGAUGAUGGAAUUGGUAAUAGCACAAAGAGGGAACAAACAAUUUCAAAGAGUGGGCCAAUUUCAAAGAGCAGCGGUUUGUUGUCUAGGAGCGGUUUGCUGCCGAAGAGUGGUCCGUUGCCAAAGACCACUAGUCCAUUCUCUGACGAGAGUGGGGUAAAGUCAGCCUCUCCAUCAUCCUCCUCCACAUAUCACUUCUGUGGUUUGACAAGAAGUCUAUGGUCAAGGACCGAUAGAACAACACAUGUCCCUAGUGUAAUUUCAUCCAUCAAAAAAGGGGAUGAUGCUCUUCCUGUCUUUUGUGUGGCGGCGAUUUUAAUCAUGAACCGACAUAAGAUCAUGAAAGAAACUCGCUCGAUCGACGACAUGAUACAGAUCUUCAAUGAUAAGGUUCUUGUAUUUCGCGUGAGAAGGUGCAUACGCACAGCCAUGAAACUUCGUAGGAAAUACAUGUACAAGAGUCAGGUAAUCAAGACCAAGAGCAACACUCAAUCUCAGAACCACAACCAGGUUCAAAUCCAGCAUCAAACCCAUAUGGAGAGCCAGAAGCUGGAAGAGAUUCAGAACCAUGGUGAGAGCCAGAGCCAAACACCAAGUCGACAUCAUAGUCCUGCCGCUCAGAAUGGUGACUAGUCAGAUUCCACUUAUAACAGUAUAAUAAGAUAAAACCAAAAAGAAGAAGAAGAAGCUUACACAAGUAGGUCAUCUUUGAUAGAGAGUUUCGAGGAAAGGGUUUCUGUUUGAAGAUUCUGUGUCUACGACAUGUUUAACAACUAUUUUGAGCUAUCAGGAAGAAAAUAGCAAGAGAUUGGGAAGCUUGUGAGAUUCAAUCGCUUGGUACUUCACAAAAGAAGAGUCUAAAAGACUGCAGAGCCUUGGCAAAUAAAAUCGUAUUUUCUCUUUCUUGCGGGAACAAUUUUGAUUGCAUACCCUUUUAUACUUAUGUGAAUAUCAGCAAAAAAAUUAUACUUUAUAGAAACACGAAAAGAAUCAAUCUGUUUUUUUAGCUAUAGAGAAGUCUCUUUCACGGCGAUAACAAUGUAAUAAAUGAACAAAAUUUAUAUCUGAAAGAUAGAUUUUCAAUAUUUUUUUCCUGUUUAUACGUUUUGUUUUUAUUCUUCUUGCAAUCACAGAAAUUAAAGAGAGAGAGAAUGUGACUUUUGUGUUUAGUUUCUACGCCUGCAAUCUCUUCGUAUCUCACCUUCGUUUUUAGUUAACACAUUUAUGGCUCCCAUCUUGAACAUCGAAAGAGCAAAUGAUUUUCGAAAAUCCUCAAAACUCUGAGAGAAUUCCUCAGAGAUUCGCUUGGUGGCCUUAUUGUAAAGCAGUUGUUGGUCUACUUCAAGUACAGACUUGUUCGAUAGAAUCCGCGAGUAGAACGAGCUUGUGAAGCUGUGGUUUGAGCCUGUGUCCGGGUUUAGAUACACGAGCGGGUCGGUCUGGCCUUUCCUGGUUCGAGGUGGACAUUGCUUUGCCAUUUCAGACACGAAAGACUUGUUCAUAUAUGGGCUUGGUUUACCGGUUUUGUUGAAAUUGUAGAGACGGUCAACGAUGUAGCUGCAAUGUGUUCUCCCCAUUGAAUGUGAUCCUGAUUAAGUGUAGCCAUGUCAAGAACACUCAAGCCUCUGGAUUUGAAGUAAGCCAUGGCUGUAUCCCAUGAGAUGGACGGUGAUGGUAGGUCCACGGUUUGCUUAUCAGACGUGAAGCCAUCUCUCCUGCCUGUGAACACAGGAUACGAUGGUGCACCCGCCUGUAGGAAACCAUUAAAC